GUUAGAGGAUAAAACCAAAUGAAUCACGUGAUGUAGGGGAGGUUUCGUAUAACACGCGUAGCAUCGUUCUUUCACUUCAUAAGCAUCGCAACAUUCAGCGACGACGUUUCGUUUAUCGUUCUUAUUUUAUAUUUUCAAGUGAUUCUUUGUGCAUUGUGUUCAAUUUAUACAGCCAUGAAGAUAUUACUGGUCUUCCUACUUUCAGCGGUAUUUGCUGUUCAAGCUAUUUCAUUUUUUGAUCUUGUUUUAGAAGAAUGGACAACAUAUAAGCUUGAACAUAGUAAGAAUUACAUAUCUAAUGCUGAGGAAAAAUUUAGAAUGAAAAUAUAUAUGGACAACAAACAUAAAAUUGCAUUACAUAAUCGUAAAUAUAAGUUAGGACAAGUUGGUUACAAAUUAAAAAUGAAUAAAUUUGGUGAUAUGCUUCAUUAUGAGUUUGCACAAACAAUGAAUGGUUUUAAUAAAUCAACAAAUCUACAAUUAAGAGCAGAAAGAAAACCUGUUGGUGCUACAUUUAUUGAACCAGCAAAUGUAGUAUUACCAGAAUUUGUAGAUUGGAGAGAAAAAGGUGCAGUUACUCCUGUUAAAGAUCAAAAAGCUUGUGGUUCAUGCUGGGCAUUUUCAACGACAGGUGCGUUGGAAGGACAACACUUCAGACAAACUGGUGUUUUAGUGUCUUUAAGUGAACAGAACUUAAUAGAUUGUUCUGCAAAGUAUGGUAAUAAUGGAUGUAAUGGUGGUCUUAUGGAUCAAGCAUUUCAAUAUAUUAAAGAUAAUAAAGGUCUUGAUACAGAAAAAAGUUAUCCAUAUGAAGCAGAAAAAGAAAAUUGCAGGUAUACUCCAUCUAAUAGUGGUGCCUAUGAUAUUGGGUACGUAGAUAUUCCAGAAGGAGAUGAAGAUAAAUUAAAAGCUGCUGUUGCUACUAUAGGACCAGUAUCUAUAGCCAUUGAUGCCUCUCAUCAAUCCUUCCAAUUUUAUUCUGAAGGUGUUUAUUAUGAACCUGACUGCUCUUCUACAAGUUUGGAUCACGGAGUAUUAAUAGUAGGAUAUGGAACUGAUGACAAUGGAGAUGAUUAUUGGUUAGUAAAAAAUAGUUGGGACACAACUUGGGGUGAUAAAGGAUACAUAAAAAUGGCCAGAAAUAAACAAAAUCAUUGCGGUGUAGCUACAACUGCCAGCUAUCCACUUGUUUAAACAGCCAUUCAUGCAAUUAAUGUUGCUGGGAAUCAAGUCUUCAUAACAACUGUAAAUAAUUAAAAAAUUUUAUUAAAACUGAAGCAUAUAAUUUUAGUGAACAACAACAUACCUUUAAAUUUAGAAUUUAGCAGUUAUUAUCAAUAUUUGUUUUUCUUCUCUAUUAUAAUUUUUGUUUAUAAGCAAAAAAAGUUCAUAUUUUCAUUUUGGAAUAUAAAUAUGUUAUGCAUACAUGCGUGUGUAUAAAUUAUUAUUAUUGUCAUUGACAUUAGGUGAACCGUAUUUUGUGUUAUGUGCAUAUGUACAAGCGUAUGUGUGUAUAGAAAUAAAAGUAAGCACGUAAUGCAAUGAGAAAUAAUAGUAGCACUUAUGAUAAUCCUUUAAAAUUUUACAAUUUUAUUUUUUACGUUGCAUAUAUAUAUACGCUUGUCUUUAAUAUUUUAUAUUAUUAUAAGUAUCGAUAUUUAUAUGUUUGAAGAUAUAGUUUUGAAAUAUGCGUUUAUGUAUAUUGCUUCUAAUUGCAUAUAGCUACUAUCAGAUGGCGCUAGAGUAACUUGUUUCUAUAUCAAGGGAGAUCUUUCAUUUUCAUUGUAAACAAGCAACUAUAAAUGUCUGACAAUACACGUUGAAAUACGAUAAGGGACCAAUAUGUAAUGUUUACAGUGAUAAAAAUAAAUAUGAAUGGUCAGUA